AUGUCUAGACUCAUUGUCGUGAUCGGCGCCACAGGCUCACAAGGGGGAUCAGUCGUCGACACAUUCCUCCAUGAACCUGGCUGGCGAGUCCGGGCCCUCACGCGCAAUGCGAACAGCGCCGCAGCCGAGAAACUCAGAGCCCAGGGGGCGCACGAGGUCGUUUCUGCGACGCUGGAUGACGUCUCUUCCCUCGUGCAGGCUUUCAAGGGCGCGGACGCCGUCUUCUCGGUGACAGAUUUCUGGGGGUUGUACUCCGAUCCAGCGACCACGCCACAAGCCACUGCCGCAGGCCUGCCAAAGAAUGUGUGGGCGGCAGGGAGGGAGGAGCAGCAGGGCAGGAACGUCUUCGAUGCGGCAGCCCAGACGCAAGGCCUGCAUCGCUUGAUAUUCUCGGGCCUAUCGAACGCGACCAAGUGGUCCGGCGGCAAGUACAGGCACGUGUACCACUUCGACAGCAAGGCCCGCGCUGCCGAGUACGGACAGGCCACGUACCCAGACCUGUGGAAAAAAACGAGCAUCCUCCAAGUUGGAUUCUACCUGUCGAACAUCUUGACACAGCCCUUCAUGCGGCCACAGAAGGACGUAGACGGAGCGUACACCUUUUCAUUCACCGUACCGACGGACGGCAAGCUGCCCCUGAUCGCUGCCGAAGAGGACACGGGCCCGUUCACUAGGGCGCUCGUCUCGACGGCCGAGGCCGGAAAAAACCUCAUCGCAUACCGCGCAUGGAUGUCCAUGGACGAGUACAUCGCCAUCCUCUCACAGACGCUCGGAGUGAGAACACGAACCAAGGUCGUGGCUCCCGACGACCCCACGAGCGUAUAUAGCACCCUGCCCCAGGAUCUGCUCUUGGAGAUGACGGACAACGCCAGCUACUUUGCAGAGUUUGGGUACGAAGGCCGUAAUGACCCGUCGGUCGUGCACCCCAAGGAUCUUGGUGUCGAGGUGAAACUGCCGUCGGUGGAGGACUGGGUCAAGAAGCAGGAUUGGAGCGCUGUGUUCAAUUGA